CCCUCCGGGGGAGGGGCGGGGCUCCCGCGCGGCGGGCAGGGGAGGCGGCUGAUGCCGCGGCGGUCCGCCAGCCAUGGAGCCAAAUUUCGCGGCGGCGGGGCAGCGACAAGGUCCCAACUGACUGCGCCACACCAUGCCCCUCACCCUCUUCCGGCGCCUUCUCCUUGCCGCCCUGCUGCUGCUGAUUGUCUGGACCCUCUUCGGGCCCUCGGGCCUCGGGGAGGAGCUGCUGAGCCUCUCGCUUGCUUCCCUGCUCCCAGCCCCCGCCUCGCCAGGGCCGCCUCUGGCGCUGCCCCGCCUAUUGAUUCCCAACGAGAACGCAUGCCGUGGUCCUGCCGCCCCUCCCUUCCUGCUCAUCCUGGUGUGCACGGCCCCGGAGAACCUGAACCAAAGAAACGCCAUUCGGGCCUCGUGGGGCGGGCAGCGCAGGGCCCGAGGGCUCAGGGUGCAGACUCUCUUUCUCCUGGGAGAGCCGAGCGCGCGGCAUCCUAGCUCCAGUUCCCACGAGAACUAUCUGGCACAGGAAUCGGCGGCCCAGGGGGACAUCUUGCAGGCAGCCUUCCAGGACUCCUACCGCAACCUUACCCUCAAGACCCUCAGCGGACUCAACUGGGCUGACAAACACUGCCCCAUGGCCCGAUACAUCCUCAAGACCGACGAUGACGUGUUUGUCAAUGUCCCAGAACUGGUAUCAGAGCUGGUCCGGCGAGGCGGCCGUUGGGAGCAAUGGGAGAGGGGCACGGUGCCCCACACAGAGGCUGAGGUUGGAGGGGACGAGUGGGAAGGAGGUGGCCCCACCUUGGAGAACCACCCUGUGCCUCUUUUGUACCUGGGCCGUGUGCACUGGUGGGUGCGCCCCUCUCGGAAGCCAGGGGGCAAGCACCACAUAUCAGAGGAGCAGUGGCCUCCCACCUGGGGCCCCUUUCCACCCUAUGCCUCAGGCACAGGGUACGUGCUGUCAGCUUCCGCUGUGCAGCUCAUCCUCAAAGUGGCCAGUGGGGCACCUCCUCUGCCACUGGAGGAUGUCUUUGUGGGGGUAAGUGCCCGACGGGGAGGCCUCACCCCAACCCACUGUGUCAAGCUGGCUGGUGCCACCCACUACCCCCUGGACCGGUGCUGCUAUGGGAAGUUCCUGCUGACAUCCCACAGGUUGGACCCCUGGAAGAUGCAGGAAGCCUGGAAGCUGGUGGGCGGAUCUGAUGGGGAAAGGACUGCACCCUUCUGCUCCUGGCUCCAGGGGGCCCUGGGCAUCCUGCGGUGUCGGGUAAUAGCCUGGCUUCACAGCUGAGAGUACCUGGGCCAUAGGAGGAGUGAGAAUCUGAGGGUCCAGCCAGCACCCCCACAACCUUCCUCCCAGGCCCAAGGCAGGGGCCUGACAGGCUGCAGCUGAUCCGUUUCCCCACAUCAGAUGCUCAGUCUGUCACUGGAGACGGCCAGCCCCAAAGACGGCCAUCAGGAAGAGGAAAACAAUGCUGGGGUCAUCCUCUCCAGCCAUGGCAGGAAAGGGGCGCGAGCCCCACAAUAAACUUGUUUCUCUA